AUGAUCCGCAACACCAUCUCCAAGGUCGCCCCCACCGCCACCCGCGCAAUCUCAAACUCGACCAAGACCAACGCCGCCAUCUCCCUCGAGUCCUCUGCCAUGCCUUCCCACAACACCGCUGCCCCCUCCAACGGUCGCUUCAAGGCUGUGGCCUACACCGUCCUCGGAUCCACUGCCGUCGUCGCCGGAAUGUCCCACCUCUUGAAGGAUGAGGUCGUUUACUGGACCCCCAACGUCCGCAAGUAA